AAAGACAAGAAAUUCAUUAUCCAAAAGAGGAUGCAUUAUCACGUAAUCCCCUUAUGAAUUUAUCAAGUCUUUCUAUACUACUUACAAAUAAAACUAGUUUAACGUUAUCCCAUGAACAUACUACUGAUACUAUCCCUUUAUUGCUUAAAUUCGGGUUUAUCAGAUAAAAAAGUGGGACUGGAAGUUUUUGACUCAGAAAAUGUACCAGUAUUUGACAUUAAAAAGGAGAAAUUUUUCCUAGCUGGUGUUUUAAAUAAAACAUGGGAUGGACCAUACCAUUAUGAUGGAUUAAUCGGUAGUAUGCUUACUAUACCAUGCGUAACAAGUAGCAAUGGUAUAAAUAGAGUGAACGUAGUAAGAAGUAAUGCAGUUGAAAAAAGAAAAGCAUGGGCUGUGUUAUGGGUUCAUCAGUUAUGGACAAAUGUGAUUGAUCCAUGGUUAGGAGAUGGAAGACGUAGUUACGAUCCCCUAGAAGUUAACCAAUGGAGUCCACAUAAUAUUCAGAGUUCAAUAAGUCAGUCGCGUUUAGCUAUAGUGGAUACAGAUGCAACAGAUACUGGGGUUUAUGCAUGUAUAAUGGUUACAUAUCCGAUUGAAGAUGGUUAUUCACCAGUCUAUUUAAAGCAAGCUGAACUGAUGAGUAUUCAUUUCGUACGCAUUCAUUCGAAUCUGGUUGUAGCACCAGGAUGUAAUGAACUUGAUGAAUCAGAAGAAAAUCAUUGCAAAAGUGGAUUCGAACAAUGGACAUUUAAUGUUUACUAUCCAACUAGUGGAUGGACGGGAGACAUAUUAUUUCAAGCACCGUGUAAUGCAGAUCUAUUUCUAACAGCACUAAGUAUGAGUGGUGUAGAUCCAACAUUUUGGAGCGUUGGUUGGCAAUUUAUACCAUACGGUCAGAUUGAUAAUUCAAAAGUGGUUGAAACCGGUAGUGAUUCAGAUAUCAAAUGGAUUCAUCCCGUUCAUAUAUGCUUAGAUGGUUCACCUGUGCCCUGUCCAUUAUCGAGUGAAUUUCUUGAUAAUGUCACUAAAGUGAAUGGUUAUGACUUAUCAUCUGCACACAUUCGUGCUUCAAACCAUUGGAGGGCUCGUUGGUUAGCAUUAACUGACUCUGUACAACAAUAUUCCGGUUCAUGGCAAUGCUGGAUUCAAGGAUUAGCCAUCACUAGUCAUUCAGUUACAACACCUUUCCCUGUUCGUUGGUUAACCAAUGAGGUGCAUGUAAGAAUAAUACCGCGAAAAUAUAUGUGGACAACAAUUCAAUUGUGGCGGGUAGUUGCUUUAAUCAUGGGACCAUUAAACAUUCUUCUCAUCUUUAUAAUAUUCGCAGUUGGAUGGUAUUCAGCAUAUAAUUAUCGGAAUAAAAUGAAACAAUCAACUACUCCAUUUAAUGUAAAGAAGAAAUUCUCGUUUACUCAACAACACCUUGAUGAUUAUGAAAAUGCCGAACAACAACAAUUAUUACAAACACCAGCUAACUACCUUGAUCAAUUCCUUCAAAAAUCUGGCAUUCGAUCAUAUCAAGAGUAUUAUCUUAGCAAGAAGGACUAAAUGGGUCUAAUAUGAUUUUAGUUUGUUUUUAAAGUGCAUUUUAGAAUGACAAAUUAGGUAAACGAAAAUUCAUGAUGCCCGUAUUAACCUAUGCAACACUUUCAAGUGAUUAGUAUAGUUUUACAGUUACAUUAUGAAUUUAAAAACCAUUAAAUGACAAUUAUUUGUUGA